CCCCGUUCUCUCUCUCUGACUAUACAGAUACCACUGGUUUCUCUCUCUCUCUCUGGGAAUGGCGUCGAGUCUGUUCAAAACCCUAAUUAGAUCGGCGAAUUCUCCAUCAACGGCCAGAAAUCUCAGCCUCGUCAGGGUCCAAGUCGGCAACCACACCGCCAAAUGGAUGCAGGAUACAAGUAAGAAGUCCCCAAUGGAGUUGAUCAACGAAGUUCCACCCAUCAAGGUUGAGGGCAGAAUUGUUGCUUGUGAAGGAGACAGCAAUCCUGCACUUGGGCAUCCAAUCGAGUUCAUAUGCCUUGACCUGAGCGAGCCAGCUAUCUGCAAGUAUUGUGGUCUACGCUAUGUUCAGGAUCACCAUCACUAGGAGUCUGAAGGUGAUUAUUCUGCAACCUUUCGAUCUGCUGUGAUGAGUCCCUAGGGGAUGCUUGUGACAUGGUGCCAUAUUGUUUUUUUUUUCUCUGACAGAAUCAUGGUGUAAUGAUAUACUUUCAUGCACCUAAUAUUUAGCAAAAUAAGGAUUUGAUGUGCCCCUUCAUGUUUUUCUGUGAGGUCUAUCUCUAUGAACAUCUGAAGUGCAUUUAUUAUUUAUCAAUGUCUAUUUUGCUGCUUUAUGAAACAUUGUGAUUAGUUUCAUUGUUGUAAAAAUACUGUAGUUCAUUUGAGAUUUGAUAGCAUUGGGUUUUGUUC